UCGUCUCCAGAGAAUGACUACUUUUAAUCCCAAUUCAUUCAUUCGUUCACCUAAGCUUUCAUCAUCUCCGUCAACAUAGCGAAUGGCAGAUGUAUGGGAAUGGGUGCUUGUGUUCUUCACGCUCCUCGCUAUUACCAUUUUGGUUGUUUUCCAGCUUACAUGCUUGGCUGAUCUAGAAUGCGACUAUAUCAAUCCUUAUGACUCUGCCUCUAGGAUAAAUAAAGUUGUUCUUCCGGAGUACAUUGUGCAAGGAGUUUUAUGCUUACUCUAUCUUGGAACAGGGCAUUGGAUUAUGGCACUUCUCUGUGGUCCUUAUUUAUACCACAAUGUGCAAUUGUACCUGCAGAGACAACACCUCAUAGAUGUAACCGAGAUUUUUAAUCAGCUGAAUCGGGAGAAGAAUCAGAGGCUUUGGAAACUUGGGUAUCUCGUCAUUCUUGUCUUCAUCUCCUUAGUCAUGUUGAUAUUUAGCACUUUGGAAUACGAUGAGCACUCGUUAUAGUUCCCUUCAUAGUGUAUGAGGUUUUGUGAUUCAGAGGUAAAUGAUUGUGAGAUGGUGUCAAAGGAAAUUCUCAGUUCUGUUGUUUUUCUUCUUCUUCUUUUUUUUUUUUUUUUUUUUUUUUAGAAUAGUUCUGUUGUUUUCCUGUUGUCUGAUGGAUAUACCUGUCAUACUGGGGAAGAGUUGUUCUGUUUCUUCUUAGUCAAUUUUUGUCACACUUUUAAUGAUAGCAUUUUUUGUUUUCA